GCUGAACUGGACUCUUAUUAUUAAUAAGAGUCCAGUUCAGCCACAUAGUCAGUCUUCUGAAAAUACUGAAAUGGAUCGUUUUAUCCCAAAGCAAGAAGAUACUAAAGAUUAUGUUGCUUUAAGGUCAUCUGAAGAUGGAAAUUGCCUCUACAGUUCAGCUUCUCUUUUAAGCAAUUCGUCUCUGAAGACAGUUAAUGUAUUGAGGCUUCUAACUUUGAUUGAAUUGUUUGAAAAAGCUUCCUACUAUGCGAGGUACUCCCUUUUUGUUAAGCAGGUUGAAAACAAUAAUUCUAAUCUUUCCAGUGUUCUAGUAGCCUGUGUUUCUUUUGAAUGUUCAGAUCAAUUUAAAUUAAUUAACAGUGAAUCAGCUUCUGAAAUUAUAAUAAUGGAAGCAUUGAUCAACUGCCAAGCUAACAAGUUUUCUUCGUUUUUAUGUCUAAUUGCUUUGUCAUCAGUUUUAAAUAUUCCUAUUAGAUCAAUUUAUCCUGAUUUUGGCUUAGAAAAAUUCAAAAAACUUUUUAAUGCAAUUAUUUUUCCAUUUCGUUCAAUUAAAAAUCAAGAUCAAAAUGUUUUGAAUAUUUUAUGGUGUAAUACUGAUAUUAUGUCAGUGAUGCAAAAUAAUAAUAACUGGACACCGAACCAUUUUGUACCAAUUAUUAUAAGCCUAAACUAA